AUGGGCCGCGCGAAGUGCGACCUAAAUCCAUUCAUAGAACUCGGACCGCGCAGGCUGAUCAAUACAUGUAUGAUGAACAACACCCAGUUCCUCCAGGGAAGAAAAAACAUACGUGAACAUGUUUGCAACAUUGUGCGCCUGGCACUUCGCUCGAAUGGAAGCUGGUUCGAUUGCUCUCUCGGCAUUCUCGACGGCCCCAUCUCCGUCUGCCAUUGGAAAGCGUUGGCGACGUUCGAACAGCUGCGCAACUUCAUCUUCCUGAGGCCAUCGGCAUUCGCCCAAACAAUUUACGUAACGCUCGACAGUGCCGCGCGCCUUGGAUUGGAGGCAACAGGUAAUGCCAAACGACACCAUCAGAUGCAGACCGGUUUUCCGAAAUAA